AUGGAGGACGAUGUCAGUGAGGUGCUGUCCUGUGUGGUGGAGGACAUCAGUCACGCGGUCAGCAGAAACAUUUUUGGUGCCCAGGUUCUGCAUGAACUGCUGAGUGCACCGUGGCUGCACGCUCUGCUGAAGAUUUAUGAGUGCCUGUUGGAGUUCGAGAGGGCCUCCCCAAGACCCCUUCUGCCUUAUGCCUCAGGACUCUCACAUGAGAUCAUGGCUACAAUACAGAUGGUCCACCAUCCCUCAUCUGAAGCCAGAGAACUUUACAGUCUCCUCAGCUCACCACACAUCCAGGCCCUCCUAUCAUCUCACGACAGUGUAGCCCAGUCAGACUAUGGACCUGUUUUACCGUCUCUGCCUGAUGAGAUGCCCGAGAACGAAGAGGCCAUGAGGAUCGUUUGUCUGGUGAAGAACAACCAGCCACUGGGGGCGACGAUAAGGAGGGACGAGAAGACGGGAGAGAUCUACAUCGCCAGGGUGAUUCAUGGAGGACUGGCCGACCGCAGCGGACUCCUCCAACCUGGUGAUCUGUUAGUUGAGGUAAACGGACACCCUGUGGUGGGUCUGGAGCCGGAACAGGUCAUCCAGAUAUUGAUCAAUUCCCAGGGAACCAUCCUGUUCAAAGUCAUUCCUGAUAAAGCUCAGAGCAUCAGCAUACAGAAGUCGGUGUAUAUGAGGGCAUUGGUGGACUACUCCCCCAUGCAGGACUCCUCCAUCCCCUGUCCUGAUGCAGGGAUGGCGUUCAGCAGAGGAGACCUGUUGGAGGUGGUGGACCAGUCGGACGGACGCUGGUGGCAGGCCAGGAAGCUGCCCUGCUCUGCGUCCUGCGCUGGUCUGAUUCCCUCUGCCAGCAUGCUGAAGAGUAAACAGAGGGAACAGUGGUGGUGUCAGCCGUUACAGGGUCAUACCUGCAUCAAACCCUUGACUAUGGACAAUAACGAAAAGGCCGACUCUGAUAUUACUGAUGGAAUCUACCUGGCUGGUUUCCGGCAGAGUUUCCGUCUCUGGAGGAGGACGUCCUUCAUGAGGAGACGACAGUCCUGCACCACCUGCUCACCCAACAGCAGCGCCCUGUCCACUCCCUAUGAGGAGGUGACUUUGUACCAGCGCUCCCCGCAGGAGGACCACCGCCUCAUCAUCCUCAUCGGUGCUACAAGAGUUGGAGUGAAUGAACUGAGGAAAAGACUCAUCAAACUGAACCCUUCAACCUUCCAGGGACCCGUACCUCACACCACUCGUCCAAUCAGAGCAGGGGAGCAGAUGGGAAGAGAGUACCACUUUGUCACUAAAGAGCUGUUUGAGUACAUGGUCUGUCACCACAGGUUUGUGGAGUACGGGGAGUUUAAGGGCCAGCUUUAUGGGACUAGCACUGAUGCUAUUGAUGAGGUGCUAAAACGAGGACGGAUGUGCAUCAUCGAUGUCGAACCACAUAGCAUCCAGCCGCUGAGGACUGGGAAAUUGAAGCCCUACGUGAUCUUCAUCAAAGCUCCCAGUCCAGACAGACUGAGACAAACGCGGAGAGGCGCCCGAAUCAUCACCAGCUGCUCCGUCAACAGAGCGUUCACAGAGGAUGACUUUGCAGAGCUGGAGGAGGCGUCCCGGCUGAUGGAGGCCAAAUACAAACAGUUCUUCGACACCACGGUGGUGAACGACGACUUGCAGCACGCCUGCAUGCAGCUCUGCUCCAUCAUCCAGAAUGCACAGGACGAACCACAGUGGAUACCUGUCAGCUGGAGCCGGACGGAUGAGUAA